CGUUACCAUGGUAAUCUGCAUUGAUAACAAACGCAUGGCCAAUGGCCGUGAUCAAAAUUUUUGUGUUUACUGUCAGUCUGUCAGUUUCUAAUGCAACCGCGAAAUAAUAUUCGUUUAUUGAUUAAACUUUCCAAGUAAACUAUCUGAUGAAUGUGAGGCCACGUAGAAGUUUCCAGAACAAUACGGCGACAUGUUUAAGAACACUUUUCAGUCUGGGUUUCUGUCAAUUCUUUACAGCAUAGGCAGCAAACCUUUACAAAUUUGGGAUAAAAAAGUUCGAAAUGGGCACAUAAAACGCAUUACCGACAAUGACAUACAAAGUUUAGUGCUUGAAAUAGUUGGGACCAAUGUGAGCACUACGUACAUAACAUGCCCGGCGGAUCCGAAGAAGACGCUGGGCAUCAAACUGCCGUUUUUGGUUAUGAUAAUCAAAAAUCUCAAAAAGUACUUCACUUUUGAAGUCCAGGUACUUGAUGACAAGAAUGUACGCAGACGUUUUAGAGCCAGUAACUACCAAUCAACAACUCGAGUCAAACCAUUUAUCUGUACAAUGCCAAUGCGUCUAGAUGAAGGUUGGAAUCAAAUACAAUUUAACCUUGCUGAUUUUACAAGGAGAGCAUAUGGCACUAAUUAUGUUGAAACAUUACGGGUACAAAUACAUGCUAACUGUAGAAUCAGGAGGGUGUACUUUUCAGACAGGUUGUAUUCAGAAGAUGAGCUUCCUGCCGAAUUCAAGCUAUUCCUGCCAAUACAAAAUAAGGCAAAAACUGCAGUUGCUACAUAAAUAAUUGUAGUUUAAAUAUUACCCUAGUAAAUGUAUUUUAUAAGUAUA